GUUCGGGAGGGAAUGAAUCCGAGUUCUCCUCGCAGCCGGGAUUUUCAGCCCUGCAUCCUUCCACCAGGGAGCGAUUUUAGGGCCUGACUCGGAGCUAGCUGGAGGAAAACCUCUCCACAUGGGAUCCCGUUCUCCAGGGAGAGGCGGGAUGCGACCUUGGCACUAGGGCUCCCCUUCUGCUCUGGGACAGGGGCGUGAAAUUCAAGCCCCGGAGGUGUCAGAGACCUCCCGCUGCCCCCGAAGGAGCCCGCGGGCUCGGGUGCGGCGUUUGGGGGGUCGGGAGGGUCCGCGGGAGGCUUUGAAAGGACUUCACGGGGCUGGACCGGAGCUGGAGCAGGGGGGAAAUGUGGCUCUUCCCCCUCCGGCCCCUCCCGGGAGCGGAGCGCGGACCCCGCUCCUGGCGGGGCUCAACCCCCGGGCCGGGCAGCGCUGCGGGAGCGGCACAGCCGGGAACAAGAUGCCCGUGAAGUUUAAUCUCUCCUAAGAGGAAAACCACCGAGAAAAAAUUAUGGAUCCUUUGUACUUCUCCAGCACGUUUAGCAUGGAAGCUGCUGCCGGCGAGGUGAACUCCUCCCUGCUGCCCAACGUGACGGAGAACGGGACAACCCCGGAGCAGCCCCCGUUCCAAUAUAUCCACAAGGUGCUCAUUCCCAUCUGUUACCUGCUGGUGUGCGCCGUGGGGCUGAGCGGGAACGCCCUGGUCAUCUACGUGGUGCUGCGCCACGCCAAGAUGAAAACGGUCACCAACAUCUACAUCCUGAACCUGGCCGUGGCCGACGUGCUCUUCAUGCUGGGCCUGCCCUUCCUGGCCACCCAAAACGCCAUCUCCUACUGGCCCUUCGGCUCCUUCCUCUGCCGCCUGGUGAUGACGGUGGACGGCAUCAACCAGUUCACCAGCAUCUUCUGCCUGACGGUGAUGAGCAUGGAUCGCUACCUGGCCGUGGUGCACCCCAUCAAGUCCACCAAGUGGAGACGCCCCAGGGUGGCCAAGCUCAUCAGUGCCACCGUCUGGACCUUCUCCUUCUUGGUGGUUCUCCCAGUGAUCAUCUUCUCGGACGUGCAGGAGGACUUCCAGACGUGCAACAUGAACUGGCCGGAGCCGGUCAACGUCUGGUCGGCGGCGUUCAUCAUCUACACCUCGGUGCUGGGCUUCUUUGGCCCUUUGCUGGUCAUCUGCCUGUGCUACCUGCUGAUCGUGGUCAAGGUCAAGUCCUCGGGGAUCCGCGUGGGCUCCACGCGGCGCCGCAGGUCGGAGCGGAAGGUCACCAGGAUGGUGGUGAUCAUCGUGGUGGUCUUCGUGUUCUGCUGGCUCCCGUUCUACACCAUGAACAUCGUCAACCUGAUCCUCAUCCUGCCCGCUGACCCCGUCCUGGAGGGGCUCUACUUCUUCAUGGUGGUGCUGUCCUACGCCAACAGCUGCGCCAACCCCAUCCUCUACGGCUUCCUCUCUGACAACUUCAAGCAGAGUUUCCAGAAGGUUCUCUGCCUCCGGAAGGGCGACGGAGCAGAGGAUGGCGACCCCGUGGAGCACAGGCAGGAGAACAGCAGCCGCCUGCAGGAGUCCAUGCUGACCCAGAGGAACGCGGAGUUCAACGGGCACAUGCAGACCAGCAAGGUCUGAGGGCACGGCCUGGCACUGCAGAGUCCCGCUGGAGGACUUGGGGACUUCAAGGAGAGCUCUAUUUGUGGCAAAGGGAAAAUGAGGAGCCCCACAAGCUCCAAGAAAUGUACACAGAGGGCUCUUCCCUGCUUUUCCCAGCUGGAAGUGCCAAGCUCUUGUGGUGUCCUGCUGGAUCAGAUGUUUGUGACCACUUUGGGUCCUCUAGGGAACGAUUUUCAGGCUUUGCACCCCUCUAGUGAUGCAAACCAAUGCUAAGCCAGCUCUAACUCCCUUGUUAAGCUGGGUUUAAGGCUGCUUUGCACAGCUGGGAUCAGCUCUGAGCAGCAAACAGCUCAGCCGGGAUCUCUGGGAUUCUUCAAGGGGAUUUCUUAAAGGAAAAUGAGAUUUCUUCAGAGUUUCAUGCAAAAACGCCCCGGCACUGCACUGGAAAUGGGUUCUGAUGUGCUGGGUGGUGCCUUGGCUGUGUUUCCCUGUCCUUAACCCAUUGCAGGGAGCCAGAGCAGGCAGGAAUCCUGCAAACACGGCCAGAAAGGAUUGAAGGAAACAAGAUUAGGAGAACAUUUUGGAAAGGAAUCGACGUGCCCAUAACAUUGCCACCUUCCCACCCCAUAAACUGCAGUGUAACCCCGCUGGUACGAUGUCCGGGGGGAUGAUUACGGGCUCCUGGGGAGGUCUGGUGCCAAUUCCUUGGUUCUGAGUGUAAGUCUGGACUCAAAACUGUAUUUCCAGAACUUAAACUCUGCUCAAGCCCCUCCUGACCGGUGCAGUUGCCAGGGCGGUGUUUGGGCCUCGAUCCUGGAGGUUUUUUCCAACUUUAAUGGUUCUGUCAUUCCAUUUAUUCUGCUGGAUGUGCCACUCACAUUCCCAAACCCAGGAACUCCCGGGAUACACCGACACAUGAGCACAGGAUGUAUCCUGGGUUGGACCACGCGUAAUUUACUCCCAGGUUUCUCCCAGUAGCAGGCAGUGCCCGCCUGCUCUCCACCACAUUCCAAAUCCCAGCACAGCCAGAUUUAAAUGAUUAAUUAAUACAAUAUCCAUUAUUCCUGGAAUUAUCUGGCUCUUCCAGGUAUAAAUCAACCUCUGAUCCGUUCCCGAAUAACUGGGGCAGCCUUUCUGUCACCUCUGCCCUCUCCAGUCGAUUUUCCAGAGGUUCUUUCCCAUGGACAGAAUUAGAAAAUCCCAUUUUAGCUCCCAGCUCCUUUUGGUAGUGGCUGGAAAAAUUCAUAUUCCCACACAGGGAGGUGCCCAUGGUGCCCUGCAGAGCACAGGGAUGCAGAAUUCCAGCUGCUGGAUUUGUCUGAUCCUCUGGAGCAGCUGAGCUCUAAAGACAGGGAAAAUUAAUGGAGAACGGAAAAUUAAUGAGGAAGAUUAGUGGAAAAUUAAUGGAAAAUUAAAGAGGAAAGCUGGAGUUGGAUUUGAUGAUCCCUGUGAGUCCCUUCCCACUCAGGAUAUUCCAUGAUUUUUCAGCCUGAGGUGUUUUGGAUUCACAGGGACCUGCUGUUACUUCAUCCCAAAAAUCAAAGCCCCUUCCCAGAGGACCUCACACCUUUGGAAAUUCAACAACACAUGGAGACAAAUAAACCCCAAACCCAAAGACAACCAAAAACUUCCUCAGGAAAAACACACCCCAAAAAAUUGGAAAACGCUCACAAAAUCCGGUGAAAAUUGGAAUAAGUGAAGUAUCAAUGAUUUCUGAGUAAUCCCAAAUUUGCCUUCCAGGGAAAAAUUAAGAUUCCUUUCAAACCUAUCCAAGGGGGAGCUAAAGAGGAAAAACUCCCGAGUUUUUAGGCCACAUUAAUUUGGGGCAGUGCCAGGAGACUCCACCAAGCCCUGCUAAAUUGGGGAUGCUCUGUUCCCCUUUCUGGGAUUUUAGGACCUGCUGGAAAGAAAAUCCAACCGAUUUUAUGGCAAGGUCCUUUAGAAACACGGAAUCGUGCUGAUGAGGGAGAUUUUAGCUCAGCCUGGGAGAGAUUUGUGCACAGAGAAAUUUCUCUGUGCUUUUCCCAGUCAGGACUGGGAUAAUUAGUGUUGUGUGGAAUUUCCAUGGAUCAUCCAGCCUGGUUUUAGCCUGGUCCUACAGAGAUUUUGCCUUCGCUUCCCUCUGUUCAACCAUUCCGGACAAAUUAAACAUUGAAUGAACCAAA